AGAGAAUACGAGAGCACACGGCGCACGACUCCAAAGUUCACUCCGUGGCGUGGAGCUGUGACGGACGGCGCCUGGCCUCGGGGUCCUUUGACAAAACUGUCAGCGUUUUCCAGCUAGACAAUGACAGAGACCGAAUGAAGUCUGGAACGUCAUGAAUGAAACUACCUAUAAUUGUCAUCACAUAGCAACCAUUCAGACAGCCUGUACCAAGCUUCAAUAACUUCUAAGUUCCCUGCAUCACCGUCGACAACUUGGCUUCUGAUUUCAUGGAUGAGGAGUUUGACAGUGGAUACUACAGCUUCAGUGACAAUGCCUCCAUCAAUUCCAGUGGCUCCAUUUCUCCUUACUCUAGUGCCAUGGACCAACUGCAACAGAAGUUUCUUGAGGAUUCCAGCCUGAAAAAUGAGUGUUCUAACUUUGAUGAUCUGUGUGUGUACGAGUCCAUCAUGGAUAGUUGUUCAAAACCCUGUGAUGUUUUAGAGGCCAGGAACGUGUCGUCUGCUGUCAUUGUGUCAUCUGCCGUCAAGUUUAAGCACUCCAAACACCAGUGUCCUGUGUGCGGGAAGACCUACAGAGGAAACACCAACUUGAACUAUCACAUGGCUACCCACACCGGCAUCCGGCCUCACAAAUGUUCCAUCUGCAGCAAGGCCUUUACCCAGAAGUCCACUCUGCGCACACACUUCCGGAUUCACACAGGCGAGAAACCGUAAAAGUGCCGGACCUGCACCCGUGCAUUUGCGGACUACUCCACCUGCAUGAAGCAUGAGCGGACCCACAGCGGGGAGAAGCCAUACGCAUGCCCAGAGUGUGGAAAGUGUUUUGCCC